AAAAGGUUGACACCCCACACUUUGCCUCAGCUGGGACUUAGCUCACAUCGCGAGCACUGGUCACAGCUUCAGCUAGCAUGUCGUAAAACAACGACAUCGCACCCCGAGAGCUACCGAGAGGACAUGAUAAUCGAGGAGAGGGCCCGUUUCUGCAUUUCACUGCGCCUACACCGAAUCCAUUGAGUCGGUAACCAGCGUCCGACAUGGGGAAGGAGGUAAAUGGUGUUUCGCGGAGCAGGUUUGAGAUGUUCACAAAUAGCGAUGAGGCAGUCAUAAAUAAGAAGUUACCCAAAGAGCUGUUGCUACGGAUCUUCUCCUUUCUGGACGUGGUGACGCUCUGCCGCUGUGCCCAGGUCUCCCGGUCCUGGAAUGUCCUGGCACUGGAUGGCAGCAACUGGCAGCGAAUCGACCUCUUUGAUUUUCAACGGGACAUUGAAGGCCGGGUGGUGGAGAACAUCUCAAAGCGAUGUGGCGGGUUCCUUCGGAAGCUGAGCUUGAGGGGGUGCCUCGGUGUGGGCGACAGCGCCCUAAGGACCUUCUCCCAGAACUGCAGAAACAUCGAGCUGCUCAGUCUGAACGGCUGCACCAAGAUCACCGACAGCACGUGCAAUAGCCUCAGCAAGUUCUGUCCGAAGCUGAAGCACCUGGACCUCGCCUCCUGCACUUCCAUCACAAACCUGUCACUUAAAGCUCUCAGUGAGGGUUGCCCCUUGCUGGAGCAGCUGAAUAUCUCCUGGUGUGAUCAGAUCACGAAGGAUGGUAUCCAGGCCCUGGUGCGUUCCUGCCCUGGACUCAAAGGUCUUUUCCUGAAAGGCUGCACACAGCUGGAGGAUGAGGCGUUGAAGCACAUUGGGUCUCACUGUCCAGAUCUGGUCACACUAAAUCUGCAGACAUGCUCACAGAUCACAGAUGAGGGCCUCAUCACAAUUUGUCGGGGUUGUCACCGCCUGCAGUCUCUGUGUGUGUCGGGUUGUGCCAACAUCACAGACGCCAUCUUGCAUGCCUUGGGACAAAACUGCCCCCGCCUCAGAAUAUUGGAAGUGGCUCGCUGCUCUCAGCUAACAGAUGUGGGCUUCACUACAUUAGCGAGGAAUUGUCACGAACUUGAGAAGAUGGAUUUAGAAGAAUGUGUGCAGAUCACAGAUGGAACUCUGAUCCAGCUGUCUAUUCACUGCCCUCGCUUGCAAGUCCUGAGUCUAUCUCACUGCGAGCUGAUCACUGAUGAUGGCAUCAGACACCUCGGCAGUGGACCUUGUGCUCACGACUGUCUGGAAGUGAUCGAGCUGGACAACUGCCCCCUUAUCACAGACGCCUCGCUGGAGCACCUAAAGAGCUGCCAUAGUCUGGACCGCAUCGAGCUCUACGACUGCCAGCAGAUCACCCGCGCAGGCAUAAAGAGACUUAGGACUCAUCUGCCUAACAUCAAAGUGCACGCAUACUUUGCCCCCGUCACUCCUCCGCCCUCCGUUGGGGGCAGCCGUCAGAGGUUUUGCCGCUGCUGCGUCCUGCUAUGAUGCAAAGACAGCAACUCCUGUCCCUGUGUACCUUGAAGCCCCUCGCUUCAACCCUGAGCUGCUGUCUCCUUCCCCAACUCAAUAGACUACAUGCUGGGGUGUGUCCCCCCCCCCCCUUUUUUUUUUUUUUUUGGAGCCGCAGAGAGAGGGAGAAAGCCAAACAUCACUAUGGGGGUAACUUUCCCAGAAGACUUUCUCGAUCCUCCCCUCCACACAAUUACACAACAAGCUGAUAUGCAGACACACUUAACUUCUAGAAGAAUGCGGCUUAUUCUGGGGCUGUCUUCAGUUAACACAUAAGUAUUACAAGGAGGCUUAUGGGAAAAUCAGUUGUGAUCACCACUCUUUAGGGAUUUAACUUUCCCUCAAAUAAAGUAUGAAUGAAUUGUUUGAGCUGAGCUCUUCGCAUCAAAUACCAUUUAAGGCUCUUUUAAGAUCCUACUGAACCUCCUGAUUCCCUCGAUGUUAAAGGUCAUUUAACAGCUACCUCUAGAGAACUGCUCAUGAGUAAAUCUCAUGUGUGCUUGACUCUGCAGGAUGUUUUUUUUUUUCAGUUAAAGGGGCAGCAAUGUAGCCAGUAAAUUGCCAA